AUGACUGAUCCAAUCUUUCCACUGCAGGUUUUUGCCACCUAUCCAAACGAGGACUACGACAGGCGCAAUGAAGACGUGGAUCCCAUGGCGGCGUCGGCGGAGUACGAGCUGGAGAAGCGGGUGGAGAGGCUGGACCUAUUUCCUGUGGAACUGGAGAAAGAUGGAGACGGCCUGGGCAUCAGUAUCAUCGGGAUGGGCGCAGGGGCUGACAUGGGCCUGGAGAAACUGGGCAUCUUUGUGAAGACGGUGACAGAAGGAGGAGCAGCACACAGGGACGGCAGGAUCCAGGUGAACGACCUGAUCGUGGAGGUGGACGGGACCAGCUUGGUGGGAGUCACCCAAAGCUUUGCCGCCUCCGUACUCAGGAACACCUCAGGAACUGUCAAGUUUGUGAUUGGGCGGGAGAAGCCGGGCGAGCAGAGCGAAGUGGCCCAGCUCAUCCAGCAGACCCUGGAGCAGGAGCGCUGGCAGAGGGAAAUGAUGGAGCAACGCUACAACCAAUACAUGGACGAACAAGAGGGUGGCGAAUAUGGCACAGAUGAGGAAGAGGAYGAGGAGGACGAGGCCAGCCCGCCGUAUCCCAGCGCCAUCGAGGUGUUCGACCUGGCGGAGAACGAGGACAUGUCGCCUCUGGAGACGGACCCCGAGAAGCUCACCCAUAAAUAUAAAGAGCUCCAGAUAAAGCAUGCUGUGACUCAGGCGGAGAUCCAGCAGCUGAAGAGAAAGCUGCACCACGCCGAGCAGGAGAAGCAGCGCUGGCGAAUGGACAAGGCUCAGCUGGAGCAGACCCUGCAGGAGAACAAAGAGCGCAUGGAGAAGCUGGAGGGCUACUGGAUGGAGGCGCAGAGCCUGUGUCAGGCGGUGGAUGAGCACCUGAAGGAGACGCAGGCCCAGUAUCAGGCCCUGGAGCGCAAAUACAGCAAAGCCAAGCGGCUGAUCAAGGAGUAUCAGCAGAAGGAGAUUGAGUACCUAAAGAAGGAGACCCAGCGUUGUGCGCAGGUUGGAGCCGAGGCGUCCCUUCUGAAGGAGGAGUCGGGACAACUUCAGGAACAGGUGGCUGACCUGGAGGUCAGGGUGGAGGAGCUUAAAUCUGAACCCUUAUAAAAGCCUUUUUUCAUUCCAUGUGAACCUUCACCUGAUGAACUGAACUGCAGGGUAUCUUUGUCUCCAUCGUGAGCCCGGUCAUACGCUGAGUCCUCAGGCCUUGUCUUUYRGCCAUUUAACCCUCUUAGCCCCAUUUUUUUUUGUUACCGUUCACUGAAACGAUGAAACACAACAAGCAUAGACUCUGAUGAGCUCUAAAUGUACUUUCCUUUUUUUUAUUUCAGUAUUUGUUUUUCCCCAUAAUUUGUUGUUUUGUGACAGACCAAGCUGUUGCUUUUAAUUGCCAAAAACAAAAUCCCUUUCUUUGGUUUUUACCUACUUUUUUUGUGACUUUUUUUUUUCCCCCCUCAGUUUUUGUACAGAUGUGAUGCUGUGUGUUUUCGGUUUGGUUUGUAAAAAUUUUAAUGUGGAUAACAUUUAACAUAAUAUAAACCGAGAUUUGGACGGUUGUUGUAUAUUUUCCGUGAUAAAGAUGUGGUACGAAGGAAGGAGUUUGCACCGAAGAUGCCGCGGCGCGCCGAUGGAACGAAGAGAACGAGUGGAACGUGAUUUCUAAACCGUAGUAACAGUAACCUUCCUUUAGGUGUCUCGUCACCUAACCUUGCUGCCUACUUUCCAGAAGUGUUUGUGUAUUUUCUACACACUAAAAACCCAUCAACAAGCCAUCAUUCCUCCGGUUCCAUCCCCUUGUGUCUUUAGAAGAGGUACCACACGAAACAAACCUGCAACUUCUGUGCCACAAGUGACAACGGAUCCGUUUYCCCCUCCAGAUGGAUGUUGCUAAGAACUUGUGUAACUUGAAUUACCGAUUCCUGAACCAUUACCAGACUGGGAAAUUUUAUUUAUUUUUUUSUCUUUUCCCAAAGUCGUUACCAGCAGCGAAGUUUUCGUCUCGAACCAGCAGCUGCACUUGACAACCACCGCGUGUAGCACAUGGAAAAACACUGCCAGGUUUCUUACCUGUUUUCGGUUCAUGCACAGUUUGAAGCAGUCACCUGUCAUUGCAGUAUGUUUGUAUAGUUUCAGGUCAGACUUCAAUAUUUUCAAUUUGCGUAAUCUUUAUAACGUAGUCAAGAAAAAAAAAAGGACAAAAGCAAAGAAAAAGGUAAUCGAAUAGACGAAGCUGUACUGUUGUCAUGUUAAAACCAAGUAGUAGAUGAGGGUGGUAAUGAAAACAAAACCUAGGAUAACUUAAUUUAAAAAAAAAGAAAAAAAAAACAGGCAUGGUUAUGACUAUUUUCAUAAUAUUAAGGCUUGUACAGUGCACACGCUUUGCAUUGUAUGUUUUGUGGAAUAAAUGGUCAACAGUGA